AUGGACGAGCAGACGGAAAGCGGUAGAGUAGGCGAAGGUGAUGCCACCCAGCUUCGUGCUCAUGUGCGCGAACGGUUGACGAAUGCAUGGACGACUGGUGAGUUGAAGCAAGCCGUGCAGGAGGCUUUGGAGCACAACGGACCAAAGAUCGCAGAGGCGACGGCAGAGCAGAGCAUCCAAUUCCUGCAGGACGAGAUCAAGAUCAUGGCCGAAGAAAGCAAGCUCUUACAUGAGCAGGUUGAUAGAUUAAGCUCCGAGAUGCAGCGACUGCUGCUGACAAAUCAGCAGCUUCUCAACCAGAUCCAAAACGGAGAAUCUGCGGGCAAGCCCUGA